AUGAAUCAAAAGGAAGGAUAAUCGAUAUCAUUGCAAAAAUUCCAUCGCAAAAGUGCUUAAUCUACUACAGAUGAUUCCUAAAUGAUUCUUCCUGAAUUAAAAGGCAGAUGUCUUAAAAGUGCUACAACGAAGCUUCUUAAUAAUAAAUCCUUGUAGACUCCCUUAAAAUACUACAUAAACGAAAGUUUAUAGUAAAGAAAAAGAAGUGAAAAUCAUUCUGAAUACACCUUAAUUGAAACUUACUUAGAAGCUUUAUAACGAUGUGCUUAAGAGGAGAAGAAGAAAAAAUAAAUCCAAACCCUACAAAUAAAUAGUUUUCCUAUUUUACCUGGCUAAGUCAUUAGGGAAAGAAUAAAAAAAUAUGCAGAAAUUUAAUAAAGAGAAGUAACAAAGUACUUUGUAAGAAGAGAAUAACCAGCAAAAAAGCCAGUUUCUACCGCUUUAAGUACGAUUAGUUAAAAGAGCAUAGUCAAUUAAAGUAGUAAAAUAGAUGCCACAUCAAUUUCAAUAACAUGCGGUUCUAAAUUAAAACACAAGGUUAGUUCUAAGAAAUGGGCUAUUUUCAAAAGGAAUAAAGGGGAAACCAAGUUUUAAAAAAUAUAUGCAUUCUAAGAUCAAUAAAAAAGUGAAGUGGCAUCGAUUACUAAAGUGAUGACUUGCUACACAACUUUAAAAUUCUUGGAAGAAAAGAGAAUUGAUAUGGAAGCAAUAAGAAUAAAAAUCCCUGGACAUGCAGAAUGCAUAGAUGGUACUAGUGCCUUUUUAAAUGCAGGAGGAAUAAUGAAUAUCAAGUAGUUAUUAUUUGCAAUGAUGUUACCAUCAGGGAAUGACGCAGCAUUAGUAUUAAGUUAUGCAAUCGCAUUUUUAAAAACUUGUGAUAAUAUUCAAAGGUAUUUUAAUGGACAUUUUAUUGAUUGCGAAUUGGAAAUAGAAAAAAAUAAGUUUCAAUUAAGAACUUAAUUUCUAUAGAUGAUGAAUAAUCAUGCUGAGAAUUUGAAAAUGGAUAAAACUAACUAUAAUUCAGUUCAUGGAUUAAAUGAUGCUCUUAAUGUCUCAUGUGCAUUAGAUAUUUUUAAAUUAGUCGAAGAUUGCAUUAAAAUCAAAGAGUUUAUGGAAAUUGUCAAUACAAGAUGUUUUAAAACUUAUGCAAUGACUGAAUAAGGAAAAUAAGGAACUUAUUAUAAAUGGAAAAACACAAAUAAGCUCUUGAAAAAAGAAGGAUGGCAAGGCAUUAAAACAGGAAUUACUUCAAAUGCUGGUCCGUGUUUUAGUGGAUAUUAUAAAACAGAUGAUUUUGAUGCAAUUGUGAUAGUCUUACAAAGUUCAAAUAUGCUUUAAAGAUUUAAAGAUGCUGAAAUUCUAAUAAAGUUAUUGUGA